AUGACCGUACCAGACCUGGUGGAUAUGCUGCAGCAGCGGUUUGUCCUGCUGGCGGGGGAGAGCUUCCGGGAUGCAGAGCUGCUGCGUCAGGUCGGCACCGAGCUGCUGUGUCUGCAGAGCUCCGAGGUGAAGCUUGAGGGCCUGGUGGAGGAGCUGCACGCUGAGGUCCAGCACAGAGCAGUGGUUGCAGAGAGCCUCCAGGUGGAGCUGCACGCUGAGGCCCAGCACAGGGCUGUGCUGACAGAGAGCCUCCAGGCGGAGCUGAGCAGUAAAUCAGUGGAGCUGGAGGAGCUACAAGAAAACAACAAAACUCUGAGAGAAGAGCUGCAGGGUUUACGCUCUGCUCAUGAGCAGGAGGUGAGGGAGCUGCAGCAGGAGAAUCAGAGGAGUCUGGGGAAACUGCAGGAGACAGCGGAGCAGUGUGAGUGGCUCUGUCAGCAGCAGAGAUACUGGAUGUGUUGUGUCAAGAGAUUCAAACGCUGCCUGAUGGAGGAGAGAGAAGCUCUGCUGCGACAGGUCAGCACGCUGGAAAAGAAGCUGAUGAAGAGUGAACAUGAUGAAGGUCACACACAGAGUGUCCUCUGUCCGCUAAAAGAGACUUCAUGCUGUGACAGGUGA